UGUAUCCUCACGUUAAAAAUGGCGAAAAGCAAGUUUGAGUAUGUGAAACACUUUGAGAUUGACGAUCGUUGUUUGAAAAACUGUUGGAUUAUUGUGAGAAUAGACGGAAAAGGAUUUCAUAGAUUCUGUGAUGCUCACGAUUUCGAAAAACCCAACGAUAAACGUUGCUUAGAUUUAAUGACUAAAUGUGCUUUCACUGUGAUGAAUGAACUUAAGGAUAUUGUUUUAGCUUACGGGCAAAGUGAUGAAUACAGCUUCGCGUUUAAAAGAACUACUGACAUAUAUAAUAGAAGGCAAAGCAAAUUAGUUACAAAUGUUUGUAGUUUGUUUUCAUCAUCGUUUGUAUACUAUUGGCGGGAAUUUUUUCCCGACAUCGAGAUGAAAUAUCCUCCCAGUUUCGAUGGAAGAGUCGUCCUCUAUCCUACCGAUAAGAAUUUACGUGAUUAUUUCAGUUGGAGACAAGCGGACUGUCAUAUUAAUAAUCUCUACAAUACUGUAUUUUGGACGUUGAUACAAAAGGGUGGCUUAACUGCACAACAGGCUGAACAGCGAUUAAGUGGUACGGUGUCAUCCGAUAAAAAUGAGAUCUUAUUUUCGGAGUUUAACACAAAUUAUAAUAAUUUACCCGAGUUGUAUAGAAAAGGAACGGUUAUUGUUAGAGAAAAAUUAAAAAAUGGAAAUAAUAAGAAGUCCAGUAUAUUGGUAUCAUCACAUGUUGAUAUUAUCGAUAAAAAAUUCUGGAUAGAAAAUGUAAAUAAUUUGGAAAUUGAAGUAUAAAAAUUUCUUCCUUUUCUUGUUGAAUACCAAAAUUUUAUUUUUAAAUUAAAAAUCAAAAAUCCUUUUAGAGUAAAAUCAAUUUAUGAAAUCAACAUAGCAGCUUUGUAUUUUCAAAAUUAAUGCCAUCAUUUUGUCUUUUAUCAUCAAAAAGUAAAAUUGAUACUAUAAUAGGCUUCUUAUGUAGCCUUGGUAUAUACUUGUGAGCACUAUGUUGGCCUCUUUAUUCCUAUACUGUACUUAUUGUACUGUUAGUGGAUACAAAAUCAGCCUUAGAAAAUCAGUUUGUUUUCCCAAAAAAGUAUGCAUUUCAGAAGUGUCAAUUUCAUAAAUAUUUGUAAAAUAAAGCUGAUGAAGAACUUAAGGUCCAAAAGUCAUACUUUUUUGGGUAAAUAAACUGAUUUUUCUAAAGCUGAUCUUAGAUCCAGUGAUGGUGUAAUAAGUCUAGGAAUAAAGAGGCCAAUGUAGUGUUUGCAAGUAUAUAAGUAAAAUUGAGUAAUAUUUCCAAUUGUACUUUUCAAGUUUGAUAGUUUAUAUACAAAUAGCUGAUUUGAUAGAUGAAAUGACUUGAUCACUCAUCUUGCUGCUUGAGGCAAAGUGUUUAAAAGGAUAAAAAAUAAUAAGCUGAAUAGAAUAGUCAUACUAACCUUGUACAGCUUUGCAGUUAAUUUUAGAAACAUAACACUGUUUUUGAUCCACCCUAGGACCUUCAGGUGUUCUAUAAAAAUUUUUCUGGUGCGAUCUGAGUUUGAUUUAGCCUCUUGAUUCCAAAUGUCUUGGAAUGUUUAAAAUCAGAAGCUAAAUUGAAUCUUGGAACGUUUAAAAUUAGAGACUAAAUCGAACUCGGAUUGUACCAGAAAAAUUUUUAUAGAACACCUGAAGGUGGUCCUAGGGUGGAUCGAAAACAGUAGUGUUACAUUUCUAAAAUUAACUGCAAAGCUAUACAAGGUUAGUGCAAUGUAUUAGUAUUUAUUAUCACUUUGUCCGAUGGAUUUGAAUAGUCACAUAAAUGUAUGAACUGUAAAGUACAAGAGUACCAGAGUUAGAAGUGCUCUCUGUUGUAACCUGUUCAGGGCAAAAAUGUUUUUUACUCAAGCAUAGGUUGGCACUGUAUACAAAGUCAAUGGAGUUAGUAAAAUGCCAUUUAGAUUGUAUAUAAAUUAAUUGUUAUAAUUCUAGCCUAGUCUACUGGCAAGAAUUCAG